CACACACACACACACACACACACACACACACACACACACACACACACACACACACACACACACACACAGCUCCCUGGUCCUGCAGUGUCUGUGUGGCGGGACGGGAGGCAAGAUGGUGCGUGUGAUCAUGGUGCUAAAAGGGGAUCGGGCGAUAAGCCCCGCCUCUGCCAUGACGUCAUCCCCCAUGCGGCCACCGGGCUUCAGGGAGUGUUAUGUGUGCCAAAGAGAGUACGGAUCCCGCUCCAUAGAGAUCCAUGAGCCGCAGUGCCUGGAGAAGUGGAAGGCUCGCAACGCCAGCCUCCCAAAGAACAAACGGGAGGCCACGCCGUCGCCGCCCCCGGGCCAUCCUCUCCACGGCGUGCCGCAAGAUCAGGACGACAUGCCGCCCUCCCCCGCCGCCUACACGCCCACGUCAGACCCGGACGAGCUAAGCACCUCCUGGUCUGACCCUCGCCAACGACGGCUCAGGGUCCCCAAAAGCCGCCCGCGCUCCGCCUCCUUCACCCACCCCGUCAGGAGAAACCGUCCUAGCACCGCCACCCUCAGGAAGCCCAAGGUUUUGGACGCGAGCCUACGGGACGCCCUGGACAUGAGUGAGAUGACUCGUAGCAUGGUGGACCAGCUCAUCCUCUCCCGCGAUGGCCAGGCGACAUUCAGUGACUAUUCAAGCGACUUCACUUCCUCUUCCUCAUCCUCACCCUCCUCUGUGGGUAGCAAGAGCCCAUUUGAUGACUCGGGGGACUCCGAGAGCGAGGCAAAGCAGGUGAGGGCGGCCUCCACCAUGCGCCUCCCACGCCCGACUCGCAACAUCGCCGUGCCGGUCAUCACCAACGCCUCCCGCCCUACCAGGAAGACCUCCAAUCUCAAGACUUUUGUGUCCAACGGGCGGCGGCGGCAGGUGGAGGAGGUGUUCACGGGACCAAGGCACAAGGUCAAGAUUCCGGAGCCUUGCCAGACGUGCGGGAAGGAGCAGAAUCCAGAGAGGUUUCACAGCCACCCGCUCCACAUGCUGAAGUUCAAACCCAAGGGGGAGGAUAAGGAAAAAACAAGAACUCAGGACAAAAUGAUCGUGACCAAACCCACAGCCCUCAGGUUCAAGAGCAAAGGACCUGAACAAGAAAACAAGAAGUCCCGCAAUAAGAACAAAUCGAAAAAGGCUCUCCGGCAGAUUCCGAGUGUCGAUAGUUCUCCCACUCUCUCUAAAAAACGCGAGGACAAGACGGUGCCUGUAAAGACGUUUAUUCAGAAUCAAAAGGCUUCCAUUAAAAAAGGACCAAAGGACAUUAACAUAGAGAUAUUCGAGGCAGACCCUUCCUCUGCCUUACCUCAAAAAAGUGACAGUAACCGUAGUUUGCUGCACCAUAAAAAACGGAAUGCGUCCAGAAAGGAGAAAAGGGAAAACGGUGAGGGAAAACAGUCCAACAGAGCGGCGGCAUCACAUCCUCCUCGAGAGAUGACCAAGAUCGAAGAGGAGAGUGAGGACGCCCGCAGUGCCUCCAAGGACGGGCGGGGCGGCAGCAGCUCCUCCAACAAGCAGCAGCAGCAGCAGGCGGCACCCACCCUCGUCUGCUACAUCUGCGGCAGGGAGUUUGGCACCAGGUCCAUCUCCAUCCACGAGCCUCAGUGUCUGGAGAAGUGGAAGAGAGAGAACGACCGCCUUCCCAAGAACCUGCAGCGCCUGCCGGAGAAGCCGUCCAAGGAUCUCACGCACGAAGAGUGGAAUCAGUUUGCGUGGGAGACAUCGCAGGCCCAGCUGGUACCCUGCGAAUGGUGCGGCAGGACUUUCUUCCCUGAGCGCCUGGAGGUCCAUCAGCGGGGGUGCAAGCCGCCGCCAGGAGCACCCAAGAAGAACAAGACCCAGCAAGACACAUCAUCACUAUUCAACUCGUCCAUGAACGCCGCCAAGCCCACCGUGGUGUGCUACAUCUGCGGGCGGGAGUUUGGCACCAUGUCGAUUGGUAUCCACGAGCCGCAGUGCCUAAAGAAGUGGCGGGUGGAGAAUGACAACCUGCCGCCUGAGUUACGUCGCCAAGAGCCUCGCAAGCCGGAAGUUGUCUACAAUGACGACGGCAAGGUGGACCGCGAUGCGAUGGCGGAGGCUGCCUGGAAGACCCACCUCGAAACGUUGGUCAAGUGUGAGAAGUGUGGCCGCACCUUCUUUCCUGACCGACUCAUCGUCCACCAGAGGGCGUGCCAACGGGAGGCAUAAGAAUCUUUUCAUUCCAUGUUUAUUUUCCGUUACGCUUAUAUUUUAUCCGUCCAUUAUGGAUUAGUGUCAUGUCCGAGCAGUUACAGGGUCUCGCAUAUUGCCAGUCAAGUCGGGAAUUACAUAUACGCUUGUUUUUUUUUUCCGGAGUGUUUAUACUUUACCGCUUGUGAUCACAUACAUAGGACAGUGCUCUGAUGAAACGCUUCGGCUCUGCACUGCCUCUACAUUCAGUAAGCUACAGUUGAUGUGAGGCGGGAUUUUAAGAUUUUUUUUUUCUUUUUAGUUAUAAUAUCAUAUUAACAAGAUUUUUACAUUAUCAAGUGAAACAUUCUUGAAAACCCGGCUAGUCAUCUCUGUAGCCUUUGGAAGUAGUCGUGGUGAGAGCGAAACAUUCGUCAGUGCAGGCUCCUUUUGUUUACGCUACGGUUACGUUGUCUCCAACAGCGCGGUCUACAAACUCCGAGCCAUAGAAUUUUAUACUCAGGUUGCCAUAGGAAGGACAUGACUAUGUAGCGCCGCAGCAAAAUUUGUAGUAUGAAUAAGAAGAUGUGUAUUUUUAUAUUUCGGACUACUAACAUUGGUGGUUGGUUAGUUAGCAAUAAAAGAAAAAGAACGAAAAAAAUGCAGAAUUCUUUGUUAUAUUUUAGCUUUUAAGGAGAUUAGUAAUGUUGCUCUUUCAAAGAUCUGUUCAGUAUAUUUACUUUUUUAUGGAUUUGUUUAUUGUUUACUGAGAGUGAAUGGCAGUGCGUGUAGUGGUGUGGACGAAGGUGACGUGCAGCGCAGCGCAACCACUGUACUGACGAAGGGCGAUCAGUUCUACCUAAAGUGAUCAUAAUGGCAACUCCACAUAUUGUUACCAGAGAGAGAGAGAGAGAGAGAGAGAGAGAGAGAUUAAUAGCAAUUCAGCUUUACAACAGCUUUGUGAUGGCUCGGUAAUGUUACUGCUAACAUUCGUUGCGUAAUUCCGUCCAGUAUGAAGCCUGAGUGUGGACAGCGAUAGUCACAGUGGUGCUACAGUGGGCAGUGUCCCCAGUGCUAUAAUACAUAGGUGCCUCGUGAGUCCCAUUUGAGUGUCCCUUGAUCUGGUAACAGUGAAGGACGCUCUGCCACGCCGCGACUCCGUCACUGUUAGUGGAUUUUUUUUAUUUGAUUUUCUUUCGUCGUAUAAGAAUACCUGAAAAAAGUAAUACAUGAAAUACAUAUGUUACGUACCUGACAAACCAAAAGAGCUAUGAUAAUAAUAAUAGUAAUAAUGAUAAUACAAAUAAUUAGUGUUCUUUAUUGAGACCAGUGUUUGUACUUGGAUUUAUUUAACGUUCUUUUCUUUCAUUCACUAUUUGUAAUGUUUUGUUUUCAUGUGUAUGUCAUAUGCAGUACAUAAUAUUUACAAAUAUUUGAUCAUUUCAUUUAUACAUAUUUAUACUUUCUCUUAACUCGUGUGAUUUUUUAUUUGCAUUUUUUUUUCAUCAUGCGGUAAAAUUAAAUGAGAGCACACCCGAGAAACAAUCAUUGUACUGUGUGAUCAGAGGCCCAUAUGCCCUUCCAACCUCGUCUUUGUGUGUGUGUGUGUGUGUGUGUGUGUGUGUGUGUGUGUGUGUGUGUGUGUGUGUGUGUGUGUGUUCACUGGGACAGAGAUGUGAUUGGUGAGUGCUGUGGUGUGUGUCCAGCAGGGGAGGGCGAGGGGUGGUGCCGUGAUGUGCGUUAUUAUGUAAGAUAAAUUGUGUUGGUGGUGUGCAACGUUGGAGUGUAUACAGUGUGUACAGUUAGGGUGUUUGAGGGGAAGUGGCGCAUUGCUGUUCGUGGUUUCAGGUGUGGCAUUGCUCCUUUCAUUUGAUUUGAUUUUUGUUUUAUAUGUACGUUGAUGUUACGCGAGUAAGUGAUAUGCCUGCAAUGAUGUUUACUGAGACAAAAACAGGUAGACUGAAUGUUAAGUGUUAUUUUAAACACCGUAGUGACUGCAAGGUAUAACUAAUUGUCCAAAAAUCGUAAAAUACAUUAUUAUUUUAUGAAAAA